AUGUUAGCUCGACAAAUGUGCCCAUGGAUGUGCGCGACUUGUUGCAUGACUAAGGAAUAUAACUGUGAAAAUGCAACGACUUUACCAUCUUCAGCGGCGACAUGCAGAGAUGAAAGACAGCAUUGUGCAGCAAUUAGAGCUGCAAAUAGCUGUGGAGGUGUAUUUCGAACAACAAUGAUGCAACAGUGCGCGAGAACUUGUGGUUAUUGUGUGUAG